UUGUUUACUAACAGUCUUCCUCCCUGUCAGCUCGGGCACACUGCUCUGGAUGGCUUUGCACAGCACAGCCAUUCAGAGCAGAGUGCUUACAGCGAAACACAUACACACACACCCCCCUAUAAAACACUCCCAGCUCACAGUUAACUCUUUGAUUGCCCCAAAUGUUAACCCCUUCCUGCCCAGUGCCAUUAGUACAGUGUCAGUGCUUUUUUUUUUAGCACUGAUCACUGUAUUGGUGUUACUGGGGAUGUCAGUGACACCAAGUCAGUUCCCCCAAGUGUCAGAAUGUCUGCCGCAGUCUCACUAU